AUGUGUCCAAACAAAGAGGCUGUUCAAUCAAAGGACAAACCUCGUACGGAUGCGAAUACACAGGCUUUACCUGAACUUGAUCAGUACCGUAUUAUUCCUUUUACGCACGAUGAUAUUAGGCAACAACAACUGUCUGAUCCGACUUUACAACAGAUCCUGAAUAAUUUGGAAAAGGAAAAACAUAAGAAUUACAUCAUCGAAGAUAGCAUGCUAAUGCGAAGACAACAAUUAAAAUCGGUACCAGUCGUUCCCAAAGGUAAAAUACGAAAAAGUAUCAUGCAAAUAUAUCACGAUACCCCAGCAAAUGGUUCACAUUUCGUUCGCGAUCGUACGUUGAAUACAAUAGGGGAACGGUCUAAAGUCUAA